CUUUGUUUCAAAGGGAAACAAUAGAUCACCGACGAUCACCAACUCUAUUUAAGACCAACAUAAGUCAUCUUUUAUCAUUCUCCUGAUGACGGUCAGAGCAAUCUUACCGAAACAUCGAGACAACCAACCAGUGGUUUUUACCUUAAUAAAAACCAUAUUCUUUUAUUUACACAUGGUGUACCGGAAAUUUGUUAUACGUUUAUUGAUACUCGCCAUGCAAACCUUCAAGAAAUAUUUUACUUUAAAUAGGUUACUGCACGCCAAUCGUAUUACAGUAUUAUCCACGAGUCUUUGUUAUUGUUGUCGCGACGGUUCAACGCACUUAUCAAACCACGCCCCCUGAGAAGGUCAAUGCAUACGUAGAUGACCUUUAACACUUGUUUAUUGGGAUUUCCCCGAGCAAGCGAAGGAGCAGCGAGGCUGGGCCUAGCCUAUGCUUUAAGAUCACUGUACCACUCUAUUUUUAUACCUCCAUGGUACCAGGGAGUUGUACUCUUGGUAGAGUAGCACGUCAAUCAGCAGCUCCCUGGCCUGGUCAGUAGUAGUAGUACAGUAGAGAUAAGUACUAUAUAUAGUAGCAAUAAUGCGAAGUACAGUUUGGCAUUUCCAGUCAUAUAGCUACCGGAAAGCAGUUCCAGCUUAUUCUUUUUCAUAGGUUACGCCUACUGACUGUAUGCUGGUAGGGUACCAAUGACCAUGGUGCUUUUUGUAGUCAUUGGUUUUCUGUUAGUCAUAUCACCCUUUGUAUACAUCAAAUACUUGUGGUGGAAACUUGAAAAUUCCCAAAAGUCUGCAAAUGAUAAAAUAGAAGCUCUUGAGAAUGAGAUAAAGACUCACAUAGUCUGCAUACAAUUGCUGCAGAAAGAUAUCACAGAUGCCCGUGUGGAAUUACAGGACCUUGAUAGAAUUCGGAAAGAGAAUACCUCACUUGAAGAAACACUUAAAUCUUUGACUGAAGAAAACGGAAGUCUGUCUUCGGAACUUAUGACAAUUAAGCAUCAAAAAGCCAUAGAGUUUAUCCAGAAUUUAGAGAUGGAGAAGAAAGCUGCCCAGCGAAGAGAAAGUGAAUAUUCUAAAAGGUUAAUGGAUGAGCAGGCUAGUCUAAAGGAAAGAUUACAUGAGAUUGAUGAGCUGAAACAGCAAGCAGAAGAUUCAAAGCUAUGUGUUAUUUGUGGAGAAGAUGAACGGAGUCUUGUCUUCAUGCCAUGCGGACAUUGCUGCUCCUGCAAAAUGUGUUACACUAAUCUACCUAAUAAAUUGUGUCCUAUGUGUAGAAAGGGGAUUAGGAGUACCCAAUCAAUUUACAUGUGAUUCACUCUUUUUAAUGAUCCUACAAUUAAAAGAACAAUUCCCUUUAAGCUCUCUUCAAGCUCUCUAAAUGCAAGAAUGACAGAAUGCCUACUGUACAGUGAUCUCUCCUGUAGAUUGAAAUAUAGUGAAAGAAGACGUGUAAUUUGAAUUUAUUAAAGAUGUACUAAUUUUUCACUAUGUUAAGAAUAUAUUGAAGUGAUGUCUGUAGGCACUCCUUUUUAGACUGAAUUCAUUUUUGCAUUUAGAGAGAGCGAUACCACACCCAUAUAAAAAUUCAACUACUGUACAGGUAUAUCAAAUACAGGAGAAGGGAUUCUAAACUUCCAUUGGCAUAAAUCUCUAAUUCUGUAACUAUGCAAUAACUUUAGUAUAAUAAAAAUUGUCAUAGACAUCAGUUAAAUAACUAAUUUUAUUUCGUUUUAUCUACUAUAUUAUUUUUAUCCACUUUAUUUACUAUGUGUACUAUUUUUUUUUUUUU